ACUGUAGUUGGUUGGUAUUUGAACUCUUACCAAAAGCAAACAGAAAGCUUUGUCAUAUUAUUUUAAUAUCUCAAAUCGUAGCCGUUUUCUUUCUCACGCUGGACGGGAAACGACUGAAGCCAGCGCUUCCCGUUGGCUGUUGCUCUCGUUGAUUUAUUAUGAUUCUGUAGGUCUGUCUGUUAAUAAACGGCAACAAUGAAAACAAACGUGACAGGAUUGAUCGCUAAAGGAUCCCUCUGAGGGCCAGGUGAGCGUCGUGUCAUUUUGAUUAUUUGCCCGUAUAGGAAUUCAAAUUCAACUCAUCGAUUCCAGAAGCCAGUAGUCAAUACGAUCAGGCACUGUCAAACAAACAAGUUGAGAUAACUGGUACAAGUACGCUAGUCUACAUUUACAGAUCGAGUCGAAAGCCGACGGGACUAAGACGACAGGGCACAUCUCGGAGGACCAGCAAAAAACUAACGUUAGUUAACCCAGCGAGCACGUCCAGCAGACACUGUCAUUUCGUCCCAUUUUUUUGAAUCGUCGGACCUCAAGUAAAGCGGAAGCCAGGUACCGCUUCUACCGUUCUAUAUCAUUCAAAACAGAGGCGCAGACCCGUAGACAGAGGGGGAAGAGAGAAGCAAAGACAGCGAAAGCAACAUCCCGCUUCACUCUAGUUACCGUUGUCACUACACAAAAUCACGAAAGGACAAGUAACAGAAGUGUUGUCUGGAAGCAUCCAGAACUGAGGAGACGGAAAACCGAGAUAGCCUACUUACUGACGUUUCUGAUUUCUCAUAAUUGUGUUGGCACCCGCUUGUUUCUAUAAAGAACAGAACUAGCCUACAGUAAACAAUGCGUAUCCUGGAGAUAUGGGGAUGACAAAUACAGCCAAUCUUCUGGAAGAGAUAAUUUGAUCAGUUUGCGACAGAUGGGAAUUUGAACACCGAAGGAUUUGGGUAGCCUACGCUUGUUUUCACUAGUGAUAGAGGCUGGUUGCAUUUAAAUCAACGUUAUAAACUCCGACACUGUUAGACUACUCAACUGAUUUUAAAUAAUUUGUAUCCUAAAAAGCGCCUAGCGUUUUCAGUGAACAUGUGGUGGAUUUCGCAAACCGAAAACCUAAUCGAGGAGUAUUUUCUGAUUUAGUUGCUAUGCCAAGAACCGGAUGGUGGGCAAUGUGGGUCAGUUUGGAUUGAGCGGAGCAGCAAGAUGCUUCCAUGAAAAGACAACGUACGCGCGGGUGUGAGUGUGUAUGCAUUUUGGUUCUUCGCGGGAUAAAGCUAACCCAAAGGUUCAGAAAAUAGACGUUAAUGCCUGCAGACGUCCCUUUGGGAAUAUAUUCGGAAUCUUGGAUUUCAUUUAAGGCCCGGGACUUCGCGGACUUGCAUUGUAAUAUGCAACCAGUCAGUAUCUCCAAAACAACACUAGUCUCAAAGGGAAUCAAGUCGGAGAGCACAAAAAUAAAAUAAAGACAAUUUCCUGAAUUAAUACGGGGAAUUAUACCAGCCCCAUAAAAAUGAGACGUACGCUUUAACAGGAAUACUAGAUUUUAUGAUCAUCAGAACACGACAGAAGAAAUAAAUCUCCAACAUGUUUAAACGAGGCUGUGGGCUGGAGUUCCUGUUGAUCCUGUGCGGACUGGAGCUGUCCUGGUCGUGCCCGCGCCACUGCAUCUGCUACACCGCGCCCAGCACCGUCAGCUGCCAGGCGCACAACUUCCUGUCGGUGCCGGAGGGCAUCCCGGCGCACAGCGAGCGCAUCUUCCUGCAGAACAACAAGAUCCAGCAGCUCCUGCGCGGCCACUUCAGCCCCACCACCGCCAUGCUGUGGCUCUACUCCAACAACAUCUCCUACAUCCAGCCCUCCACCUUCGCGGGCUUCACCCAGCUGGAGGAGCUGGACCUGGGGGACAACCGGCACCUGCGCUCCCUGGCGCCGGACACCUUCCACGGACUCGCCCGGCUCCACGCCCUGCACCUGUACCACUGCGGCCUGAGCAGCCUGCCCACCGGCAUCUUCCAGGGCCUGCACAACCUGCAGUACCUCUACCUGCAGGAUAACCAGCUGGAGUUCCUGGAGGACGACCUGUUUGUGGAUCUGCUGAACCUGAGCCACCUGUUCCUGCACGGGAACCGCCUGUGGAGCCUGCACCAGAACACCUUCCGCGGCCUGGGCGGGCUGGACCGGCUGCUGCUGCACCACAACCGGCUGCAGUGGGUCCACCAGCUGGCCUUCCACGACCUGCGCCGGCUCACCACGCUCUACCUGUUCAACAACUCCCUGACGGAGCUGUCGGGCGACUGCCUGGCCCAGCUGCCCGCCCUGGAGUACCUGCGGCUCAACGACAACCCCUGGGAGUGCGACUGCAAGGCCCUGUCCCUGUGGGACUGGCUCCAGCGCUUCCGGGGCUCCACGUCCUCCCUGGGCUGCCAGGCCCCGCCCGAGCUGGCCGGGAAGGACAUGAAGCGCCUCCUGAAGGAGGACUUCCCGAGCUGCGGGGGGUCCGAGUCGCUGCACCAGAGCAAGGGCGGGGCCUGGCCGGGCAGCGACAAGGUGUCGCUGAAGAAGGAGCACCACCCCCGGCCGCACCCGCACCACCCGCACCUGCCCCACCACGACCAGCACCUCCCCUUCUCGCCCUCCCCCCUGCCCCGCCCCCCGCCCGCCUCAGCCGAAGACGGGGCGGUGCCACCCCCCCUGAGGCCCAACCGCCCCCGAAACUGCACCAGGCAACGCGGCCGGGCCGGCAAGGGCAAGGGACCCAACGAGGUACACGGCGACAAGGAGUACUCGCCUCUGGAUUUCGGCCCGGAUGGCAAGUACGACCCAUCCAUCCCAGGCUCCUCCCCCCCGCGGAGGAAGCCCAAGUGCGGCCCCCGGUCCUCCGUGCGACCCCCCAGCGGGGUCCAGCAAGCCACCAAUGGAGCAACGCUCCCUUCCUUCCUGCUCCACCUCUACACCUGUACCACUUUGCUCUUUCUCGUGCCACUCACCGCCGACAUACUCCGCUGACCCUCCAGGGGGCGCCACAGGGAUACUACAACAACAAUCAGUCCUCAGACAGACUCUAUCGCUCCUACACUGCAUGUAUGAAAGUGCGUCUGUGUGUGACUGUGUGCGUGAAAGUUGCGUGUGAGGAGCUUUUGUCUUUUCAAGAAUUUGAGGUGGAGAACUGAAUAUCGAACUUCAAAGAUAAGGGACCCCCGCUUAGAAAGGCAAAGGUGUCAUGUUUUCAAAGGUAUGAUGUUGGGAAGAAGAAUCAGAUCAAAGCAGAGAGAGUAUGGAGCAAGCCUGCACUGCCAUAGUUGUUGCUGAUUGCUUUAUUCCCUGUUGUUCUUCUUCUUGCCUCUCUCUUUGGGUUUUAGUUAAUUUUUCCAUUACAUUUUAUAUUAUUUACACUCAGAGGACCAGACAUUCUCAGUUACCAGGGGUAUAAGCUAGAGGUAGAGCAAAAAUAAUAACCUUUAUUAUUAAAUUCCAGGUUCUAUUUUUUGUCCUCUGAGCACAAAGGCUGUAUAGCUCCCACGAUGCCUCUCUCAGUCCCUUUCCUGUUGAGAAUAGCUGUCAUUCCUUAAUUUCUAAGAAUCGCACGAUUUCCCCGUUAUUACCCAGAGAGAGAGACUAAGGUACAACGUACCCGAAGGUGACCAUCCAUAACUAUAAUAGCCACCUUAUAUUGGACCAAGGCACUGCGUUAUGGGCAGUAGUGCUCAGUGCACCACAAUCAGUGGAUGGAAAAUGUUGGUAUUUUACUCAGAGAACGUGCUCUACGAUGCCCCCAAUUAGCUGGUAUAGUUACCACAGCUUAUUUCUACAUGGAAUUCCCUUACCUCUCCACAACACUGUCGGUGCCAUUAAAUCCAUGAUGUAUAUGGGUUUCUUCACAGUGUGGUUUCUUAUUUCUUUUUUUCACUUUUGCUUUUUUUUUUUUACAUAAGGAUCUUUUUAUUAUGAUUUAUGUCUGUGCACAGUAAAAAAAAAAGCCAACUAUACACAAGCUGCUAUAUUCUUUAGUGAAGCAAAUGAGAUCCUGUUUAAAUCUCUGCUGCUUCAAGAAUGCUUUUUCCCCCAGGAAAGCAAGCUGUUCUGUAAAGGAAUAUUUAUGUGAGUUUCUUGUCUUAUUUGUCUGAUUGUUUAGAGAAAGAGACUUAAAAGGCCUUGAUGUUGAAAAUGGAAGGGAGCUGAAAAGUGGUAAAAACAGCGGGAUAAAAGCAGUAGAAAAGGAAAAAGAUGGCAUUUCCUGUGACGUCUAUCCCUUAUUGGAACCUACUGUCUCUUGAUUUGACCGUUUCAACUUCACACAAGAGAGGAAAAAAACAAAAAUAAAAAACUCGACCCUCUCAAAAAUAAAAUGAGAAUUGAUAAUUGAUUAAAUAAAAAAAACUGUCUUGUGGGCAAAUGUGAGGAAAUAUCAGAAAACUUAUUUAUUUAUGGAAAAAAAUGUAUUCUUGUUGCCAAUGAAAAACAACAUGAAAAAAGAACAGUCUACCCUGGCACGGACAAACAUGGAGGAUUAAAAAAAAAUGUCUUACCUGCAGAUGUUGACAUGCCGACAGUCAGUCAAGCACAGGACAAUUGCUUGUGGAAUAUUCUCAGCAAAUGAGUUUGUGCUCUUGGACAGAUGGCAUACAACAGCGCCCCCUCUGGACUAGUUGAGUUUUAGUGCCCCAGACUAGAUGAUCCUAAGACUGUGUUUGUACUAAUGUGAACUCUAAAUCUAAAGUAAUAAAAAUAAUUACAGUGGU